GGACUGCCUUUUUCUCCGGGGAGGAUGCCGCAGUCCCCGAGUCCGUCGCCAUGUAUUCCACAGACCCACUGCUUGGAAUAUUCCGGCGCGGGACCUGCAACAUCACGUUCAGCGUAGCGGCAUCGAAGCUUGUGGACGGUGCACUCUCCGUGUACGCAAUUGGCGCGCGACGCAACCGAACGCUGUUCAGGUUGUCUGCUAACGGCACGGCGAACAGUUGGCAGAGUGUUCAGGCUGCCUCACUCACCCUCAGAGCCAUCAACGAGACUGUACAGGUCCAGUUGGCAUUCGCCACCAGAGCUGGCGGUGGCUGGGGACAUAUUUUCAUCGAUGAUCUCCAGAUUUCAUGUUGCAGAGAGACUGCAAUGUGCAAAGAGAUUAACCCGUUGAAGUUUAGGACUUUCCCCAAACGUUGGACACUGGGAGCCUGGAAGAUAUCAAGCGGAAUGCAAGACAACCGUAGUACGAAUGUCUUUCACUCCCAUGAGAAUUCCUCAAAUCCGGAAUCCAUAGCUUCAUACUCCACCAGCCCCUUGCAAAGCGCAUACAUGCGCGGCAUAUGCAACAUCACCUUCAGCGUGAUGGCGUCGAACUUCGUCGACGGUGCGCUGGUCGUGUACGAAAUCGCCACGGGCCACAAUCGAUUGCUGUUCAACAUGUCCGCAAGUCAAGCCAACGGUACUGGGCCUAAUGUUCACCGAGUUCAGAGUCGCUUGUGCCCAUUCCGAAGUUUUAGUGGUCGGAUGAGGUUGCAACUAAGGUUCGUCACCAGAGCCGGCGGUGGCUGGGGAGAUAUCUACAUCGAUGACAUGCUCAUCGUGUGUUGCCGAACGAAUGCCACGAAAAGACCUUCCAAUUCGACAGCGGCAUUUCGGAUCGGUGCAAGCCCGUCACCAGGUACACCAGCCUCCAAGACACCGUCUGUAGCCACUGCAAGCGCUAGAGUGCAUGCGAAACCCACCGCAUCACCCGUGCAUAGAGCUGAAGAGAGUUCUGCCGUGGCAGCAACGCUAUCCAAACCGUCCCACCCAGCAACGCAAACAACCCCGACCAGUACACAAACACCAAACCAAACACGCACUCACGCCGGAAAUCAAACGAGCACUCCCACACAAGGACGAGCAACCCUGCGGGCGCCAGCGCACACAAAAACGCAGUCGCCAACUCAAAUAAACGCACAAACACCAGCGCCAACAAGAACUCCCGCACAGACACAAACAAGUAUGCGCACACCACUCCAAACAUCUGACCACACACCACUCCAAACAGGUGACCACACACCACUCCAAACAUCUGACCAGACACCACUCGAAACAGGUGACCACACACCACUCCACACAGGUGACCACACACCAACCCAAGCAGGAACCGAGCUGGUACGCGCUACCCCAGCACAAGGAAAUACGUCAAGCGCCUCAUCUACACCUCCAAACAGUCCCCAGGUCGGGCAAGAUGCUUCUCUACCGUCUGCACACGCGCCAUCACCUCUGCCACACCCUGCACAUCCGCACGCCAACACCGCUGGCAAGAAGACGGUCGUGCCCCGUGACGCCAAGUCUUCCGGGGGUCACGGCGGUAACUUUGCGGAACUCGUCUGCGGCGCUGCCGCCCUCGGCUGCCUGCUCGUCAUACUCGGAAUGCUAGUGUUGUUCCGGAAAACGCUUCUGAAGACGGUGUCAAGCGCUACACUCGGCCUGACCUGCGUACAGAAAACUCCCAUUGUCCAAGCCGAUCCACCACGCGUGCGCAACUCGUACUACGCAGCGCAGAUUUCAAUGUCCCUGAGCACAAUCGUUCCUCCGCCGGACGAGCAGAAUGUCUACGAUGAUGCUGGCAACACAGAUGAGCCAGCUAGCUAUCACGCUAGCGGCACACAUGGGCAAAAUGUCUAUGACGCUGCCACUGACGCCAACAUGGCGAAUGUGUAUGAUGCUGCUGGAGAUGCAGUCACUCCAAAUGCCUACGACGCCGCCGAGCGCAGGUUCCAUUACGAUGGCCUGGAGCCGGAAGACUUGUCCAGCGGCAGUUUACAUUGUGGCAAGCGCGGAUUAUCGCCACCCAAUAGCACUAGCUCUGACGGGCCUUUAAGGACGGCGUCGGUAAACAAGCAAAGCACAUUCCUUCAAGCGUUUGAUGAAUCAGACUCGGGGUACGACGGGUUGUACAACACCAACGCUGCACAUGCUCUAAGCAGCUUACCGCCAGCAACCCCAAAGCCAACCCUGUUCCUCCAACCCAGCGAUGACCAAGACGCUCUAUAUGAUGGCCUAUACACUGGCAGGCCUGGUAUGGAGUCUGCAGAACCCUGCUACGCUACUCCAAGAAAGGUCAGCUCCGCAUCGUAUUUCGUCUACGGGGCGACCGCCGAGAGCAGUGUUGAUUAGCAAGUACCCUCCCGUGGCCGUACACAGCCAAUGCCUAGCACCUGCUUUCCCUGGAGCAACAACACACUACACUGCCCCUGCCAGAGGCUCUGAGCGUGAAGCGCAAGCACUCUUUUGAUUUCAUGAUGCAAGUGGCGAGCAUGCCAUUACUGAAUUUAUAAAUUGUUUUUUGUUUGAACUUAGAACUCUAGGUUACAGUGUUUAAAGCAAUCGCUUAGUACUGACUUGUAUUGCUUAUAGCUACUGUUUUACUUCCUUGCAUUAUAGCAUCAUUAGACCCAGUGUUAUGGAUACCCACAGACCCAGAGAACACAUGUCAUGAUGAUAUGGCAGGUGUUCAAUUUCUAUUCUCCUUGUUUUCUCUCUGUCUCUGUCUCCCUCACGGUCUCGCGCUCUGUCUCCCUGUCUCCCUCUCGGUCGGUCUGUCUGUCUGUCUGUCUGUCUGUCUGUCUGUCUGUCUGUCUGUCUGUCUGUCUGUCUGUCUGUCUGUCUGUCUGUCUGUCUGUCUGUCUGUCUGUCUGUCUGUCUGCUGUCUGUCUCUCUGUCCGUCUCUGACUGUCUCUCUCAUCAGCUGGACACACAAACACACACAAACACACACACACACACACACACACACACACACACACACACACACACACACACACACUGCACCAGCCCUCAGCGUGAAAAUUCCUCGUUAAAAUUUCCUCCUGCUCCUCAGGUGCACUCCGAUGGUUUUCUGGCUACCUGCCAUACGCCUGAAGGUUUUUAGAACCUUGCUGUGUUGAUGGACUGCAUCCUUCACCAGCCUACUAGAACGAAAUUCGUCUCUUCAGACAAGCUGUUCAGGAAUCGCCCCUCAUCCAUUUACGGUCUUGGGCGUUCACUGUUGAUACCAAUUCGGCGCUGCCAGUUUUUGCCGAGACUUCAAAUAACUACCCCAGCUAACCUUUUUUCAUAUCCCGAAUAGACCAUCCAUUUCCCAUCCCCUGUUCGACAGAGGUCAUAUGGCCCGAUCAUGGGGAAAAUUAUGUUUUCAUGCCACUCACCCUGUGGGCCACACUAGACCUCAUUAUUGUUAGGUUCCAUGCACAAUAACCGUAUUUUUGAUGCCCAGCUAGAUUUCAGCCAAUGCCCUUAUUUUGUACUUCUGCUCUUGUUGGCCACAAGCCAACGCGAGGCUAAAGAUUCCAGGUUUAUCACAGAACUCAUCAUUCGCCAUACAUACAAUCAUCGUUAUUAGUUUCUAUCUCGUUCAUAAAUCUC